AGUCUGCAAGCGGAGAUGACUACCUUUGAAUGCAAAAAAUGAGCUACAAUCUCUUCCUUCUGGCUUUUGUCCUGGGCAUUGGUGGAACUUUCCAGUAUGGGUUGCAGAUCUCCAUUAUCAAUUCUCCUGCUGAGUACAUCAAAAGUUUCAUCCGUGAGACCUGGCUGAAGAGAUACGGCUCUUCUCCUAGUGAAGAGAUGAUUACUUUGAUGUGGUCCUUUGUUGUGUCCAUUCACAGCAUUGGUGGGCUUCUGGGGUCCUUGUGUGCUGGAUAUUUGUCUGUUAGAUUUGGAAGGAAGAAGGCCAUGCUGUCUGCCAAUAUCCCUGCUCUGCUGAGCGCAACUCUGAUGGGGCUCAGUCGGCUGUGCGGAUCCUUUGAGAUGAUCAUUGCUGGAAGGUUAUUUUCAGGAGUGUGUGGAGGUUUAGCUCUGAAUAUCCAUCUCAUGUAUGCUGGGGAAUGUGCCCCACGGAGGCUCCGCGGGCUCUUUGCCAUAACAGCUUCUACUGCCAUUGCUGUCGGGAAGUUUGUAGGAUUUGCUCUGGGUCUCAGAGAAGUUCUUGGAGUAGAUGCUCUCUGGCCUGUUCUCAUGGCAAUCAAUGCGCUUCCUGCCCUCAUUCAGCUUCUCACCCUCCCCUUCUUCCCAAACUCUCCCCGCUACCUGCUCAUUGACAAAAAGGACAAGGAGGGAUGCAUCGAAGCUGUGAAGCAGCUCUGGGGAGAUGGUGACCAUAUGGCCGAAAUAAAUGACAUGAUGGCAGAGCAAGAAGCCAUCCGUGGGGAGGAGGCUAAGAGCAUUUGUGAUCUUUUUCGUGACAAAGCUGUCCGUUGGCAGUUCAUCACUCUCUUCCUUGUCUCCUCAUGCACGCAGUUAAUUGGCAUCAAUGUGGUUUACUUCUAUGCAUACAAUGUCUUUAUAAAGGCUGGAAUCCCCCCUGCUCAAACCCACUAUGUCUCCCUGGGAGUUGGGAUCACCGAGAUCCUCAGCACAGUUCUGUGUGGUUUCCUAAUUGAGCGUGCAGGGAGGAAGACACUGUUGUGGAAAAGCUACACUGUCAUGGCCUUGGCUUUAGCGCUCCUCACAGUUACGCUUUCACUACAGGAUUCCUUUUUCUGGGUACCAUACUGCUCUGUUGCACUCAUCUUUAUUUUCAUCAUGAGCUUUGGCAUUGGGCCAGCUGGAGUAUUAUGUCCCUUGCCCACAGAAAUAUUUAUUCAGUCAUACAGACCAGCUGCUUAUGUUUUUAAUGGUGCUACAAACUGGAUCCAACUCUUCAUGCUUGGACUCCUGUUCCCUUUCAUUGUGGAAGGUCUUGGUAGUUUCUGUUUCAUCAUUUUCUUGACAUACUGUCUGUCCAUGGCUAUCUUUGUCUUUCUGGUGAUGCCAGAGACCAAAGGAAAGACCAUGCUGCAGGUCAUGGAGGAAUUCAACCACCUGAACUACCGUGGAAAGAAGAGACAGACAGCCCUACAGCAGAGUAACUGCUCAGUGAUGACUGUGACUAGACUUUAAUAACAAACUCUCCACUCCAUAUUUUGCUCUUUUAUUACUGUAGUGCCCAGAAGCGUCACUAAGCAAGAGAGAAUCCAUUGCUCCAUAAACAGCACACAUGUGUAUUUUAAAAAAUAAUCACCUGCAGUGCAGGGUGCAGAUGAACUUGGUGGUUCUCUCCAACUGCUGAAAUAUGAGCUGAAUUAAAUCCUCUGAAAAAAAA